GCUGAGCACGGCCCUGGCUGUGUCCGUGUGUGUCCCUCACCGGGAGGGAAUUUGCUGUCCCUGCCAGGCCCCGAGCAGCGCUGUGGCCCUGAAGAGCACAGAGCAGCAGCUCCCCAGGCUCCCACAGAGCCUGAGCGCAGCCGAGCGGGGCCGGCAGCUCCCGCUGCAGAUGGCUGCAGGGUGGAUCUGCUUCCCACGCGGUGUGGCUGCUGUGUGCGAAGGGACACAGCUGUCUCUUGUCGCUGGCCGUGCCAAACGUCCUGGUGUCGCUGCUGAAGGUGCUGGUGCGGGGAGAGGCGGGGGUGAUUUGGGCCGGGGCGGAGCUGGCGGCGUUGGGAGGAGGCGGCACGGCCGCAGCAGAGCCGGGGCUGAGGGGCACAGCGAGGCUCGGCCGGCGGAGCGGCGGCAUGCGGCGGUGUCGGGGCGCGGGGCUGGCGGCGCUGGCCGCGGUGCUGCUGCUCGUGGCUGUGGCCAGAGCGCAGGUACAGCAGGAGCCGUUAUUGGAGACCACCGAAGGCACCAGCAUCAACAUCACCUGCUCACAUCCCAAAAUCCAGACCAGCGAUUACAUCCAGUGGUACCGUCAGCUCCCGGGCCGGGGACCCGAACUCCUCGCACUCACUAUGAAAGACUCCAAAAAGCUGCCGGGCAUUGCAGGAGAGCUGUGGGUGUCGGCAGACCGGCGCUGGAGCGCGCUGCGGCUCGGUGGGCCCCGGCGCGGGGACGCGGCCGUGUAUUACUGCGCGCUGGGCCCACGGGCAGAGGAGCCGGGGCUGCGGCCGGGCACGAACCGCCGCGGGCGGGGCCGGGCGGGGCCAGCAGGGGGCGCUGCCGCUCCGCCCGCCGGGGCCGCCUCGCCCCGCUCGGCCCGGGACCCCGGGGCGCUGCCGACACCGACACCGGCAAUGGGAACGGCAAUGGGACCGGCACCGGCAAUGGGACCGGCAAUGGGACCGGCAAUGGGACCGGCACCGGCAAUGGGACCGGCAAUGGGACCGGCAAUGGGACCGGCACCGGCACCGGCAAUGGGACCGGCAAUGGGACCGGCACCGGCAAUGGGACCGGCAAUGGGACCGGCACCGGCAAUGGGACCGGCACCGGCACCGGCAAUGGCACCAGCAAUGGGACCGGCAAUGGGACCGGCACCGGGCAAUGGGACCGGCAAUGGGACCGGCACCGGCACCAGCAAUGGGACCGUCAAUGGGACCGGCACCGGCAAUGGGAAUGGCAAUGGGACCGGCGCCAGCAAUGGCACUGGCAAUGGGACCGGCAAUGGGACCAGCAAUGGGACCAGCAAUGGGACCGGCACCAGCAAUGGCACCAGCAAUGGGACCGGCACCGGCAAUGGGACCGUCAAUGGGACCGGCAAUGGGACAGGGACCGGCACCAGUAGUGGGACCGGCACCGGCACCGGCAAUGGGACCGGCACCGGCACUGACACCGGCUCCCGUACCAACUCCGGCAUCCACACCGACACCGGCACCAACAACGGCAGCUCCGUCGUGGAGUCACCGACCUCCUGUCACGAUCCGCUUAUAGCGGGGUGUCGUGAUGUCUCCCAGAUCAGGAGGCCAGUUCUCCUGAUGAUCAUCAAUCCUACUCCUGAAGACUGA